CCUUCGCACAACCCCGGAUGUGAAGACUGCACUGCGGUGAUUCCUUUGUACCAGUACGAAAGAAAGACGCGGUUUUUGCGGUACUUCUAGACAACACGGACGAGAAAAGCGAUGGCUGAUCCCAGUACAAAAAAUCUGCAUCCUGGCCACCCUGGGAAUGAGACUGGAGAUCUUGGCCCUGGCCACCCUGGGAAGGAGACUGAAGAUCUAUGCCCCAGCCAUCCUGGGAACGAGACCAGCAGCAGGGAGGGCCAGACAGCAGACGCGGGCCGGCAGCAGGACUGGGAAGAACCAGCUUCAUGCCAGGAAACGUUUGAUGGGAAGGUCAGGAAAACUGGCUCGUCAUCACAGAUAGAACGGGGGGAAAGUGGCAUGCCUGAAGUCAAUACUGACAAAACCCACAAGUGUGACCAGUGUGACUAUUUUGCUACAUGUAAGUCCAACUUGGACCUACAUCUAGCAAAACACACCGGUGAAAAACCCUACAUGUGCGCGGAGUGUGGGUUCAGAACACCGUAUCCCAGCAAUUGGCGCAGACACAUGAGAACCCACACAGAACAUACCCAGGAGAAACCCUACAUGUGUGGGGAGUGUGGGUACAGGACAGCUCAAAAGUAUCACCUCUCCAGGCAUAUGAGAACACAUACAGGGGAGAAACCCUACAAGUGUGACCAGUGUGACUAUGCUACAGCACAGAAGUUCAAUUUACACCAACACCUAACAAAGCACACUGGUGACAAACCCUACAUGUGUGGGGAGUGUGGGCACAGGACAGCUCACAAGUUUGACUUGUCUGUACAUAUGAGAACUCAUACCGGUGAAAAACCGUACAAGUGUGACCAGUGUGACUAUUCGGCUGCAGUAAAAUCCAACUUGAACAAACAUCUAGCCAAACACACCAAUGAGAAACCCUACAUGUGUGGGGAGUGUGGGUACAGGGCAGCUCAGGAAUCUACCUUAUCUGAACAUAUGCAAACUCAUACCGGUGAAAAACUGCAAAAGUGUGAGGAGUUGUAUUAUUCAGCAGCACAGAAAUCUCAUUUACACCAACAUCACCUAGCAAAACACUCUGUUGACAAACCCUACAUGUGUGCGGAGUGUGGGUAUAGGUCAGCUGAAUAUUCUGACCUGUCCCAACAUUUGCGAACUCAUACCGGUGAAAAACCCUACACGUCGUCCGACCAGUGUGACUAUUCUGCAGCACAGAAAGGCAGUUUGACUCAUAUGAGAACUCACAACGGUGAAAACCCCUACAAGUGUGACCAAUGUGACUAUUCUGCAACACGGAAAUCUUACUUAUCCAAUCAUAUGAGAGCUCAUACAGCAGGAAAACCCUACACGUGUGACCAGUGUGACUUUUCUGCUGCACAGAAAGGCAGUUUGACUCGCCAUGCUAUAAUGCACACAGGAAAGAAAAUCUUCAAGUUUAAUUGUGGCAUUUGUAGUUAUUCUACAUCAAGAAAAUCCUACUUAUCCAAUCAUAUGAGAACUCACAACGGUGAAAACCCCUACAAGUGUGACCAGUGUGACUAUUCUGCAACAAGGAAAUCUUACUUAGAUGAUCACAUGAUAGAACAUACACAGGAGAAACCCUACAAGUGUGAUAAUUGUGGGUACAGGGCAGCUACAAGGAACGAAUUGUCUGUACAUAUCAAAACUCAUACUCUAUAAAUGACUGUGAUC